AUGGCCGAGGAGGAGGAAGACCCCAACUUUGAGGAGGAAAAUGAAGAAAUUGGAGGAAGUGCAGGAGGUCGACAGGGUAAAAGAAAGAGGCUUUUUAAGAAAGAAUUACAUUGUAUGAUGUAUGGAUUUGGGGAUGACCAGAAUCCUUAUACUGAAUCAGUGGACAUUCUUGAAGACCUUGUCAUAGAGUUCAUCACUGAAAUGACUCACAAAGCAUUGUCAAUUGGAAGACAAGGUCAAGUGCAAGUUGAAGAUAUUGUCUUCUUAAUUCAAAAAGAUCCAAGAAAAUUUGCUAGAGUUAAAGACUUAUGAAUGAAGAAUUGAAACGAGCUGGAAAAGCAUUUGAUGAAGCAAAGUAUGGAUCUUGACACCUUUUUGAAAUUUCACUAUCUUCUGUGGAAACCAUACAUAAUGACUGUGUAUUUUCUUCAGGGUUAUCCUGAUAUCUAAGCAUGUAAGUGAAAGAUUGAGAAAGUCUUUAUUUUCAUGUCCUUAAUUUUAGAGUUACACUUGAGCCUUUAAUUUCGUGCCUUUAUAUGAAUGUACUUGAAUUCUUUAUUGGCCUUUAAUGACAUGUAUCUUAAAGUGUUGU